GGCCAGCAGAAAGACAAAGAAAAAGGAAGGGGGAGCACUCCGGGCCCAAAGGGCAUCAUCUAAUGUCUUCUCCAACUUCGAGCAGACGCAGAUCCAGGAGUUCAAGGAGGCGUUCACACUCAUGGACCAGAACCGAGAUGGCUUCAUUGACAAGGAGGACCUGAAGGAUACCUACGCUUCCCUGGGCAAGAUCAACGUCAAGGAUGACGAGCUGGAUGCCAUGCUCAAGGAGGCCUCAGGGCCCAUCAACUUCACCAUGUUUCUGAACCUGUUUGGGGAGAAGCUGAGUGGUACGGAUGCGGAGGAGACCAUCCUAAACGCCUUCAAGAUGCUCGAUCCCGAUGGCAAAGGCAGCAUCAACAAGGAGUACAUCAAGCGUCUGCUGAUGUCCCAGGCUGACAAGAUGACAGCAGAUGAGGUGGACCAGAUGUUCCAGUUCGCAUCCAUCGAUGCAGCAGGCAACCUGGACUAUAAGGCACUGAGCUACGUGAUCACCCAUGGGGAAGAGAAGGAGGAGUGAGGGCCCCUUGUCCAGGGCCAGUUCAAUAAA